AGAAACAGGGACAUAAAAGUAACUUCAAAAUCACUUUGAACUAGAGAGAAAGUCGGAGAAUGUGGGCAUGUUAGUGGGGAGGGUUGUGGCAAUAACCGCCUUAACCGCCACUUCCCCAAAAACAAAGAACAAAAAAAAGAAGCACGCUUCUUUUUCAUCUUCAAAAACAUCACAGACUCCUGUGUCGCAGAGAGAGUCUAGCAGCAAGAACAACAUAAGAGAGAGAAAGAGACAGAGAAGCAAGUGUCUAGUUGUCAGAAAAUGGAAGGAUUUAAGAAAGAAGAAAUAAGAAAAGGGCCAUGGAAAGAGGAAGAAGAUGAAGUACUGAUUAACCAUGUUAAAAAAUAUGGUCCCAGAGAUUGGAGCUCCAUUCGAUCCAAAGGCCUUUUACAUAGAACUGGCAAGUCUUGUCGUCUUCGCUGGGUUAAUAAGCUUAGACCCAACUUGAAAAAUGGGUGCAAGUUUUCAGCAGAGGAAGAGAGGGUGGUUAUAGAUUUGCAGGCAGAAAUUGGGAACAGAUGGGCAAGAAUCGCUACGUAUUUGCCGGGAAGGACUGAUAAUGAUGUGAAGAAUUUCUGGAGUAGUAGACAGAAGAGGUUGGCUAGGAUUUUGCAGACUUCAGGAACACCACCUUCCUCUUUUAAUUCCAAACAACAGAGGAGUAAAAAUAAAGUUCCUGUCUUUCUGGAUGUUCCCACAUUCGAGGCUCCAAUGUUCAGUUCUUCAAUGGAGGAAGAGGUAUCCUCAAAGGCUUGCUCAUCAUCCUACUUGGAGAACCCUGAACAGAUAAGAAUGAUGCCAUUACCGCCAUUGGUUAAAUCUGAGUUGCCAGGCUGUGAUGCAAAUCUUGUUCAAUACGAGCCUAUGUCUGGAAUUCCCUUUCCUCAAAUCCCACAGCCCCAGCCAGACCUAGUAUUCUCCCCAGAAAGCCAUGAACUCCUGGCUAGGCUGGAUGACCCUUACUUUCUCAAUGUGCUUGGAACAAUAGACGCUCCUGAACUCGGAGAUACAGCACAAUUUUCACUUGGGCCUCCAUUGUUUGAUCCAGUAUCAAGUUGUAUGAAUAGUCCAAGUGAUGUAAAAAAUCCUGUGACCCCAGAUACCCUCUUCGAUGAGUUGCCACCGGACAUGUUUGAUCAUAUUGAGCCGUUUCCAAGUCCUUCAGAGUGGUGAAAGACUGAUCACAGGGCUGUUUUUAUGUGGGUGUAGAAGGAUGAUUUAUUGAAUAGUUUCUUCAGGUGAAAAAUUUGGCAUGGCUCUUAUGAAAUUGUUGGUCAUUUGACUGCUAUACUUUGUACUAACUCCAGAACUAUAAAUGUGACGGUUUGCCACUAGUCUCUCUCUCUCUCUGAUAAAGAUGUGAAAUUGACUGCUAAACAUAAAAUUCCAGCCCGUUCGUGCUAAUUUCAA